AUGUCGUCGACGCCAUCCUCGCGCCGCCGAGGUCACUCUUCGCGCAAAUCACAGUCUUCAUCCCCCGCACAACCGUCUCAAGCGACACCCAGAAACUCUAGGCAGCCCACUGGAGGGCCAGCAGUCGCAUCUUCUUCACCACUCUUUUUCCAAUCGUCGCCGGUUCGGUCAGCGCCCGCACCGCCCUCACAGUUGGCGAGUGAUGGCAUGAUCAUAAGCUCUCCUCCACGACAGUCAUCCAAUGCUGGCGACCGAGAAACCACCCCACGGCCAACCACCAGGCCAGCCGCAGAGUCUUCUCCCGUGCGAUACGAUCCCAGUUCAAGCCCGGGGCGUACUUCAGGUCGCAUUCAGUCUGAUGUACCGAGCAGCAGCAGCGCUCUUUUUGUUCGUCAAGACAGACAACCUCGAAUAUCGUCUCGACGGGGCGACAUUCAUUCGGACACAUUUGCAUCCUCUCCUGCCAACCGUCGGCGCAUAUAUGUUGGCGAAGAUGGCAUGCCAGUUCGAGAUGGUCAAGAUCCACCUUCAGAAGCUACAUUCUCAAACCUCAAUCCCGAUACCUCGGAAGCAGAUGUCAUGGGAGGAGAUUCUACAAGAGUCAUCUGGGGCACAAAUAUCUCCAUUGUGGAUUCCAUGUCCUCAUUCAAGAACUUCCUCUACAACUAUGCAAAGAAAUAUCGAUUGUGGGCUGAUGGAGCAUCCGAAGAGGAGACCAGAGAACUUGGAACCGAUGGGGAUCAGAAAGAAUACCUAGAAAUGCUUCAAGACAUGCGUAAAUUGGGUGUCUAUGGUCUCAAUCUGGAUGCCCGUAAUCUCAAAGCAUAUCCUGCAACACUGAAAUUAUGGCACCAAUUGCAAGCCUACCCUCAAGAAAUCAUUCCACUGAUGGAUCAGGUAGUCAAAGAUGUCAUGGUCGAACUUGCACAAAAAGAAAUGCAAGAGCUUCAAAGAGCUCGUAACGGUGCGACAAGUUCACGCGCCAGGAAUGGCAGCUCAAUGCCUCCCUUGACACCAUCAGACAUGGGCAGUGCUGCAACACCAGCUGCGACCCCUGCUGCAGAUGAAAUUCCCGAUCUUGUUGAAGAGGCAGAGAUUCGACCUUGGAAAGUUUUGCCGUUUGGUCUAGACAAGACCGUUAACAUGCGAGAUUUGGACCCAGCAGACAUCGACAAGCUGAUUUCUAUCAAAGGUCUCGUCAUUCGAGCGACUCCAGUCAUCCCAGACAUGAAAGAAGCGUUCUUCAAAUGCGCGGUCUGUAAUCACACCAUGUAUGUCUCGAUUGACCGAGGUAAGAUUGCGGAGCCGACGCAAUGUCCUCGCACCGCCUGCAAGUCUCGAGACAGCAUGGAGAUCGUGCACAACCGAUGUGUAUUCGCAGACAAGCAAGUGAUCAAGCUCCAGGAGACCCCAGACUCUGUGCCAGACGGCCAAACUCCUCACAGCGUGUCUCUUUGCGUCUACGACGAGUUAGUCGAUGUGUGCAAGGCUGGUGAUCGAAUCGAAGUCACUGGUAUCUUCCGUGGCAACCCCGUCCGUGUGAAUCCCCGUCAACGCACAGUCAAGGCUCUCUUCAAAACCUAUGUCGACGUCCUACACGUUCAGAAAGUGGACAAGCGUAAACUCGGAAUCGACGCAUCAACCAUCGAGCAAGAACUCUCUGAGCAGGUCGUAGGCGACGCCGAACAGACCCGCAAGAUUACGGCAGAGGAAGAAGCCAGGAUCCAUGAAAUAGCCACCCGAGACGAUGUCUACGACAUUCUCUCGCGAAGUCUUGCCCCAAGUAUCUAUGAGCUCGAUGAUGUCAAGAAGGGUAUUCUCCUCCAGCUCUUCGGUGGCACGAACAAGUCGUUUGAGAAAGGUGGUUCUCCAAAAUACAGAGGCGACAUCAACGUCCUUCUCUGUGGUGACCCUUCCACGUCCAAGUCUCAACUCCUCCAAUACGUCCACAAGAUCGCACCAAGAGGUGUAUACACUUCCGGCAAGGGUUCUUCGGCGGUCGGUCUGACGGCGUACGUGACGCGCGACCCAGAAUCUCGACAACUGGUCCUCGAGUCCGGUGCGCUGGUGCUUUCCGAUGGUGGCGUCUGCUGCAUUGAUGAGUUCGACAAGAUGAACGAAUCGACCCGCUCGGUCCUGCACGAAGUAAUGGAACAACAGACCGUGUCCAUCGCCAAAGCAGGUAUCAUCACCACCCUCAAUGCUAGAACGAGCAUCCUCGCCUCUGCAAAUCCAAUCGGGAGUAAAUACAACCCCAACCUGCCUGUGCCUCAGAACAUCGAUCUUCCACCGACACUGCUCUCACGAUUCGAUCUCGUGUAUCUCGUUCUAGAUCGGAUUGACGAAACCACUGAUCGCCGCCUAGCGAAGCAUCUGGUCGGCAUGUACCUGGAAGACACACCAGAGAAUGCGUCAAGAGAAGAAAUUCUGCCCGUCGAAUUCCUGACAGCGUACAUCUCCUACGCUAGACAGAACAUCCACCCCACGCUCACGCCGACCGCCUCAAAGUCCCUUGUGGACGCGUACAUCCAGAUGCGCUCGCUCGGGAGCUCGAUCCAGGCGUCAGACCGACGAAUCACCGCGACGACACGACAGCUCGAGAGCAUGAUCCGGCUCAGCGAGGCCCACGCAAAGAUGCGACUCUCCCAGACCGUCACCGAGGCCGACGUCGCCGAGGCCGUGAGACUGAUCAAGUCCGCCAUCAAGGCCAGCGCCACGGACUCCCGGACUGGCCUGAUCGAUAUGGGCUUGCUGUCCGAGGGAGGCAGCGCGAGCGACAGGCGCAGAAAGGAAGACCUGAAACGCGCCGUCCUGAACGCCAUCGAUGACGAUACCGGCGUCAGGAGUGGCGGCGUCGCCAGGUACAGUGACCUCUACCGCCGGGUGAGCGAAGGAGCCACGGCCGAGAUCGAGGGGGCCGAGUUCCAAGAGGUCCUGAGGUCUCUGGAACAGGAGGGGAAAAUUCAGGUCACGGGCGAAGGUGGGAGGAGAAGUAUCAGGAGGAUCACCGGGAUCUGAUUGAGGAAUCAUCAUUUUCUCAAGUCUUGCCUUGCCAGAGUAUCUCUUUGGUGGGGCCCUCUCUGGAAAAACCUUUCUCUUGUGCUGAGCACAGAGAGUUUGAGGAGUGCUUGCGAACGAGGCUCUUACGAGGACAAUGGGUGAUGUGCUGUAUACUUGGGUCAAUGAGGACAAGAAUGGUAUGACAUGGAUGGUUUGCUAUUCACAAGACGAUUGAUAACUCGGGCGUCACUGGGCGUUUCAGGGUGCGAUGAGAGAUGUCCUCGUCCAUACAAGAGUGUGCAUGAAACCGGACGAGAUAAUACUC